GAUGCAGCACAACGAGGUUAAGACAAUGGCGUCUAGCAGAGGACAAAUAGCAAACCAAUCGAGGUUAUGGAUCAUGAUCUUCACCUACAAAAUGAGGUUGAGGAAGGCUUAGCGGAUGAGGAUUUCCAGAAGAGCCAAGGCGUGGCGAGCAGUCACACCAGCAUUGAUGAGAAGUCAAGGAGCUCGUGAGGAGUCAGAGCUAGAAUAGUUAAUUACUUUGUUGCAUGGCUAGGAGUAUAAAUUGGAGAUUCUGUGUUAAGUUGUUUUAAGUGUUCGAG